AUGGACCCCGCGGUGCUCAUCUUCCUCCUCUACGUGAUGAUCGCACACGAGCUGGUGAGCGGGUGGGUCCAACAUCGGAAGCAGAGCGGGAAAACCAGACCUCGGACCGGAGCGCCGCCCAGGACCAGGGUGCGGAUGUGUGGCGGAGUGCGCAGGUCCAGCAGCCAAUCGCAGAGAGAGCUGAGAAAGAGCGGUCGCAUCGUCAGAAAAGCCUGA